AAGGCCCAAGUAACCAGAUCCUUACACUCACUCAGUUCCAUUUUGAUAAAGACAAACUCCAUUCUGUCACCUUCCAGUACCAAUAAAUCUCUAUCUCUCUAUCUCUCUCUCUCUCUCUCUCUCUCUCUCUGCAGCACAACCCACCAUACAAACCAAACAAAUAUUCAUCAAUCAUAGCCCCCCAUUCUUGCUCUGCUUAUGCUAAUGGCCACCACCACAACCACAGCUCAGUAAAAAUUAUAAUGAAAAACAAUGGAGUCAGACAGACCCCAUCGCACCAAAAGCAACAGCAGCAUUAGUGGCACUACAUCCACAACUACAAGCGAGCUCUUCAUUUGCUUCACUACUUCUCGCCUCUCUUCUUCAUCCAUGAAGCUCUCCUCCAAGUCCAUUCUCAGCCCAGGCCGAGCCAGAGAGCCUUCCCAAAUCUCCCUCUCCUCUUCUCUCAGCCGCAGGCUUAGAACCAGUGGAAGCAUCAAGGGUGGCCAAGCCUCCCCAAUGUUCCCCAGCAAUGGUGGCACUAGUAAAAAACGUGGGUGCGCUUUUGAAAACCCAGAACCGUCUUCCCCUAAGGUCACAUGUAUUGGUCAGGUCAGGGUCAAGACCAAGAAACAGGGCAAGAAAAUGAGGAUAAUUAGUAGAUCCAAGCGCAGCAGGGGAAGUGAGGCUAGUUUCAGAAAACCAGAGCAAAAUCAGCAGAGCACCAACAACACAGCUAGUCAAAGUCAAGAGCUUUACAAUCGAGACAACAGCAGCAACAACUUCCAAGGUUUGCACUUUCAAAAUCACCAGAUGAAUAAUAAUAAUCAACAGGAAUGCUUAAGGCACAGAAACCAGAGGUGGGUUCAUCUUCCUUUGACGAUUUGUGAAGCUUUGAGGGCUUUUGGGUCCGAGUUUAACUGCUUGAUUCCGAACCGGUCUUCUUGUUUGGCUAGUGAUGACAAUAAUAACAAGGAGAAAGAAGAAAAUAAGGGAGUGAGAUCAGAGAGUGGAGGGUCAUCUUGUGGCGCAGUCUUUGCGAGGUGGUUUGUUGCUUUGCAAGAUGGGGAUGGGAAAGGGAGAGAGAUUGAGUUGGUGGUGGGUGAAGAUCAAGAAAGAACAGAGAGAAGUACUAAUAGUAGCAGUGGCCAUAGCCAGAGGAGGCAAGUGUUUGAAGGUAUUGAGUUCAAGGAAGAGAGAUUGAAUGAGAGUGUAAUGGAGGAAGAAGAAGCGGGGAGAGUGAGCAUUUGCGUUCCUCCAAAGAAUGCUCUUUUGCUUAUGAGGUGUAGAUCUGAUCCAGUGAAAAUGGCUGCUCUUGCUAAUCGAUUUUGGGAGAUGCCUGCUGCUCCUCAAGAUGAAGAGGGUGAAGAUGAAGAGGAGAAAGAGGACAAGGGUCUUACAGAAAGAGCACAAGACUUUGUAGAAGAACAAGGUACUGAAGAAGUACUUGAGCAGGUGCAAAAUGGGUUGGAGACACAGGUUGUUUUUUCUGGUGUGCAGAUGUAA